AUGAGUGGAGGAGGAAGAAGUCGGUCAAGGUCGCGAAGUCCCCGUGCACAUCAGCACCAGCCUGGACCCCUUCCAGAACAAAAUUUAGAGGCAGAAGGCGAUCGGCGACAAGCUGCCGAAGAACGAAGAGCACGGAUUGCUGCAAGAGCUAGAGCACGAAGACAGCAGGAAAGCGAUGAGCAGCGAAGAGCUCGCUUGGAUAGUGUUGCUGGAAGGGUCAGAGCACGAAGACAGCAGGAAAGAGAUGAGGAGCGAGAAGAUCGUCGGCUCAGAGAUCUGCUGAGAGCUAGAGCACGAGAGGACGCGAAAGCGAGGAGGAACGAGCUGAUCGUCGCCUUAGAGAUACCUCAGAGAGCUACAGCACGGAGAGGACGCGAAAGCGAGGAGGAGCGAGCUGAUCGUCGCCUUAGAGAUACUCAGAGAGCUACAGCACGGAGAGGACACGAAAGCGAGGAGGAGCGAGCAGAUCGCCGGCGAGUGGAUAGUCAAAGAGCUAGAGCACGGAGAGACCAGGAAAGCGAUGAGCAGCGAAGAGCUCGCUUGGAAAGUGUUGCUGGAAGAGCCAGAGCACGACGAAUGCAGAGAAGUCAGGAGCAGCAUGAACGACGUAUUGCCGCUACUUCACGAAGAGAACAGCUACUAGGAGCAAGCUCGUCAGAAGAUGAAGUGGAGGAGAGGCGACGAAUCGAAUCACAGAGGCAUCGUAAACGAGCAGGAAGGAUCGGCUCUGGAACAAGAAGAGUAGCACGUUCAGAUUUUGAACCCGAAGAGCAUUACGAUGGACCAAUGAAUGUGGGCUGUGGAAGUUGUGGUGCCAGACACUUCAGUUCGGAGUUAAGACCAGGCAGUGCCACUUUCAACGAUUGUUGCAAUCAUGGAUGCAUAAGCUUAGAGCACUUCACCAACUUCCCUCUGCAGCUUCGCCAACUGCUCACGGGUCAAAACGCUGAAGCGAAGGAGUUUAGAGAGCACAUCCGAAAUUAUAAUAGUGCUUUCGCCUUCGCUUCCAUCGGAGCUCAGCUAGAUACUCCAAGACAUGGGCCUUACUGUUUCCGAAUUCACGGCCAAAUCUAUCACAAAAUCGGACCAGCACGCCCGGAGGAAGGUCAGCCGCCGCGAUAUGGCCAGGUUUACAUUCUUGACACUUCAAUGGCGGCAGAGGAAAGGGCAGGCAAUCCUGCAAACAUACAAUGCAAUCGUGAUCUGAUCCGCUCUCUGAGUGUACUUCUGCACGGGAUCAAUCGUUUUGCACGGGCUUAUAAGAUGUUGAACGAAGUUGCUUUAGAAGAAGAAGCUCGAGCUGCCAGGGAAAGGCGAUCAGCAAUGCCAGUCAAAAUGGUAUUCAGGAGCUCUAAUUUGGAUCCACGCCGCUAUAAUGAGCCUACAGCUAAUGAGGUGGCGGUGGUGUACGUUGGAGAGGAAGGCGAUGUGCCAACUGAGCACAACCUUGCGGUGCAUCUACGAUCAGGAGGUCUACGGAACAUCCGAGUUAUCGAUGCCGAAUGUGAUCCACUUUCAUAUCCUAUUUUAUUCCCUCGCGGAGAGCCUGGCUGGCACCCCAAUAUGCAAAAAACCCCUUCAAGAAGAAGUCGAACGAGAAUUAGCCAGAAAGAGUACUACUCCCACAUGGUGGCUGUUAGAGAUGGAUUCAAUCCUCUACACUUCGCAGGGAAGCUGUUCCAACAGUUUUUGGUAGACUGUUACGUGCGAAUAGAACAAAACCGCUUAAACUACGAUCGCACUCAUCAGACAGAAUUGCGUGUGGAUACUUACCGCGGACUCACCGACUACGUGGCAGGGGAUAUGGAUAUAGAGGGCCCACCUGGAGCAAGGAGGAUUAUCCUGCCAUCGUCGUUCCCCGGCUCUCCACGAGCGAUGAUGCAAAGUUAUCAAGAUGCCAUGGCAAUUGUCUCAAAGUUCGGAAAACCAGAUCUGUUUGUGACUUUCACCUCGAAUCCCGCAUGGAAGGAAAUCACUGAGCAGCUGAGCGUGGGGCAAACAGCUUCCGAUCGCCCCGAUAUUGUGGCUCGUGUUUUCCAUAUAAAACUACAGGAGCUUUUCACAGACCUCCUCAAGCGACAUAUUUUCGGUAAGGUGAUUGCUUAUAUUAGCGUGAUGGAGUGGCAAAAACGAGGUCUUCCUCACUGCCACAUUCUUCUGACGAUGGCCGGAGAAGAUAAACUAAGAACUGCGGCUGAAGUGGACUCUGUCGUACAGGCGGUCAUACCUGACCCGCUGACAGAAUCUCGACUCCAUCGGAUUGUGACUACGUGCAUGAUGCACAGACCCUGUGGUAUUGAGCGCCCAAAUGCUCCAUGUAUGGUGGACGGAAAGUGCUCGAAGAAGUUCCCGAAGCAGUUCAGAAACACAACUAACGUGGAAGUGGAUGGAUACCCGGAAUACCGGCGCCCUAAUGACGGAAGAACAGUCGAAUCCGGCGGAUCAAUUCUCGAUAACAGAUCUGUGGUGCCGUACAAUCGGUAUCUUGCACUCAAAUACAACGCCCAUCUUAACGUGGAGAUUUGCGGAAUGAUCCAUGCAGUCAAGUAUAUGUACAAGUAUGUCUACAAGGGCCCAGAUAGGGCCGCUCUGCACAUGACGAGGACGGAAGACAACAGAGCCGGAAGAGCAGUUGAUGAGAUCGACGCCUUUGUGAAUGCCAGAUAUAUUGGAGGUCAUCUGCCUGGGCACGAAAUUGUAAUGUUCCAGAGGGGUCAAGAGGAAGAAGCUCUGCGUCAAGCCGCAGAACGAGAUAGCACCCUCACGGCUUUUUUCAAGUUGAAUGCGGAGCACGAGGCCAUGUACGGAGCAGGAAACGCUCCGCAAGGAAUGGUUGACGCUAGGACAUUGUUUUAUGUUCAG